UUACCAUAUUUAAACAAGAGGAAUGACCAGAGAAACAGGAGAAUUAGUUAGCAAAACAGAGGAGAUACUUCCAUCAGUUGAGGAGGUUGCAGGAGACUCUCUGUGCAGGAGCAUACACUUCAUACAUUUAGCAUUUUUAUUUCAUUCAUUCAAAGAAAAAGGUUACUUAAUUUAGAUUAUUUAUUUUGGAAGACUCCACAUUGGUAUUUGCAAUUUACCUGUGUACUCGGGAAGUCUGCGGUUCCAGGGACGCAGUUGACUUGGAGAGCGAGAUAAACAUUUAUUCAUGAUUAUAGACAAAGCAUAACUUUUAAAGUUGCAUCAUGCCAUGUUACAUUUCAGUGUGUUUGUACAUUUGGCUGGGGUUGUUACCUGGCCGGACAAGUGCAACAGUGAUUGAGGACAUCGAAGUAUUGGUGAUGUUGCCAAAAAAUAACUCUUAUAUGUUCUCAAUAGCAAGAGUGGCCCCGGCAAUAGAGUAUGCAAAGCAGAGGUUGAAAAUCGGAGGUGGUGUGUAUUCCGGAUUUAACUUUAAUUUGCGCUAUGAGGAUUCUAACUGUGGCAAUGAUGCGCUCUUCUCCCUGGUGGACCGUUCCUGCGAGAAGAAGCCGGACUUGGUUCUCGGUCCGGUGUGUGAAUACGCCGCGGCGCCGGUGGUAAGGAUGGCAUCUCACUGGAACAUCCCGGUAAUAUCGACAGGUGCUCUGGCCAGCGGUUUUAGUGACAAGGAGAAAGAAUACUCUCACCUGACCCGAAUCUCCCCGUCUUACCUGAAAAUGGCAGAAACAUUCUCGGCGAUGUUCCGUCACUUCAACUGGAAAGACGCGUUGUUGAUCUUCGAUGACGACAAAGAGGAGAGGAAUUGUUACUUCACUCUGGAAGGGGUGCACCUCAAACUCAUGGAGGAAUAUCAGACCGUACACAUAGCGAUCAACACUAAAGAAGAGGGCCUGAACGCAGAUGACAUCAUCAACUACAUAUACGAGAGUGAAGUUGUUAUCAUGUGUGCGGGAGCAGACGUUGUCCGAGACAUCAUGCUAGCGGUUCACAGAAGGAGGCUCACCAACGGCAGCUACAUCUUCUUCAACAUUGAACUCUUCAACUCCUCGUCCUACGGCAACGGCUCAUGGAAGCGAGGGGAUAGGUACGACAGUGAGGCGCGACAGGCGUACUCUGCCCUCAACACGGUCACGCUGCUCCGAACGGUCAAACCAGAGUUUGACAACUUCUCCCUGGAGGUCAAGAGAUCAAUUCAGAAAGCUGGACUACCGGACUGUGACGACUGUGACAAUAUCAACAUGUUUGUGGGGUUCCAUGAUGCAUUGCUGCUGUACGCCCUGGCGCUGCACGAAGCCAUCAGGAACGGCCUCACCAAGAAGGACGGAGCAGAGAUCACCUAUCGUAUGUGGAACAGAACAUUUGAAGGCAUCGCAGGCCAGGUGUCUAUGGACUUCAACGGGGACAGAUACGGAGACUUCUCUGUGAUGAGCAUGACCAACACAGAGGCAGGCACCUAUGAGACGGUGUGUAACUACUUUGGUGUGAACGAGAGUUUCCAGAUGCUUCCGGUGUUCAAUCCUGAACUCUUCACACUGAAAGGACGGCACAGAGUGCACCACACAGACCUGCCAGACAAAUCAUGUGGACUAGGAGUAUCUGCUGUUACUGGGAUCGUAGUGGGAGCUCUGCUGGGGACUGCUCUGCUCAUAACCUUCUACUUCAUCAGGAAGAACUACACUAUAACCAUCGAGAGACGUGCCGCCAGGGAGGAACAUGACAUCGGGAAACAUCGUCAGUUACGAGAAGAUUCUGUCAGAUCUACCUUCUCGGCGGCGUAGAGCAUCACUGAGUUCGUCUGUGGCUCCUGACGUUUCCGUUCCAGCGAAGCAUCAUGAGAAUGUGACCAAAGACUCGACCGCUGUCAGAGUACUCAUGCUAUUUAAAGAAAGACAUCAUGUCAUUGUUUUGUGUUUUAAAUUUUUGGGUGUUUUUAACGUUUUGGAAUUUCAUUUUUCUCAGGAAAGUUAGCCGUCACAAAUCACCACUUGUAUCUCGUCUCUGUAGAAGGAUAUACAGUGCCUUGCGAAAGUAUUCGGCCCCCUUGAACUUUGCGACCUUUUGCCACAUUUCAGGCUUCAAACAUAAAGAUAUAAAACAGUAUUUUUUUGUGAUAUUUCAAACUUUUUUAACAAAUCAAAAACUGAAAAAUUGGGCGUUUGAUUUGUUAAAAAAGUUUGAAAUAUCCAAUAAAUGUCGUUCCACUUCAUGAUUGUGUCACACU